AUGAUCCAUCCAAAGAAGCUUGCUCAGCUCGUCAAGAAGUGCCAACGGAUGUUGGCAGCUGGAGCCGGUGCCCGCCGCCGGCAUGCCUCAGACACGGCCGAUGAUGAAUGCUGCAGUACAGCAUCUGUGGCUGCUGAUGAGGGCCACUGCGUGAUGUACACCACCGAUGGAGCACGGUUCGAGGUCCCUCUGGCAUACCUCGGGACGACGGUGUUCGCUGAGCUCCUGAGGAUGUCCGAGGAGGAGUUUGGCUUCACGAGUGGCGGCGACGGAGGCAGGAUCAUGCUGCCCUGCGACGCCACGGUGAUGGGAGUAUGUCUUGUGCCUGGUCAGGAAAGAGGCCUCCGAGGAGGUCGAGAAGGCGUUCUUGAGCUCCAUUGCUGGGCACUGUCACAACUACAAUGCUAG